UUAUUUUAUCAGCUUUCAUUUAACAAGAGUUUUUUACUGCAGAUUACAUUAUGAAAGACAAUUUUAAUUUUACAAAAAACGUGUUGAAUUCAUUAAAAAACAUAACAGAAAAUCUAAAAACUAAAUAAAAAGCUCAAAAACAAAGUAAACUACCGAAAUAAACACAAAACGACAAAUAAUUGCACUUGAAAAACGAAAAUCUAAAAAUAACUUUUUUUUAAAAAAGCAAAAACGCAUCCAAAGACCUGCAGAGAAAGUGUUUGUAAAAUAACAAAAACAAUAAGAAAAAUAUUGCUAAAACCUUAAAGGGAAAGGUCAAUAAAUUGUCUUAAGGAGAAAAUGUUUCUAAGACGUUUUUUCUCCUCCUUUGCGGAGCCUUUAAAUCAGCCGGCAGAUUUAAUUGGUUGCCUACAACAAACGCCACAAGUUAUAAGCAAUGGUUUUGGUAGUGCAACAGGAGCUGCAGUGGGUCUAGAGAGUUUAGCCUGGUUGCAAAAUGUAGCACCCUGUUUUCCUUUAAAAGGCGAACAAAUACAAGUCAUAAAUGAACCCAAACAUUUCUAUGAUACUUUAGUCCAGAGAAGUGCAUCAGCGAGGGAACGUAUAGUAUUGGCCAGUUUGUAUUUGGGUACCGGACAAUUGGAAAAUAAUUUUGUGCAAACUUUAAGAAAAAGUCUUCAACAACAGGCUUCUUUAAGGGUAAAUGUUUUGUUGGAUUUCACAAGAGGCACUAGAGGAGAAACAAAUUCAAAGACCAUGCUGUUGCCUUUAUUAAAAGACUUUGGUGAACAGGUGCAGUUAAGUCUCUAUCAUACACCCAAUCUAAGAGGCAUGACGAAACGUUUAGCUCCCCCCAGAUGGAAUGAAUUAUUGGGUCUGCAACACAUGAAAGUCUACUUGUUCGACGAUGCGGUUUUGAUUUCAGGAGCAAAUCUAUCAAAUGAUUAUUUUACCAAUAGACAAGAUCGUUACAUACUCAUCGAAGACAAACCCUUGGCCGAUUUUUAUGCUGAAUUUAUUUCCCGGGUUCAGGAAUUUAGUCUUGCUGUACGUCAAGAUUCUGAAGUGGGUCUACAUCGGAAUUGGAAGAUUUUACCCUAUGAGGGAACCAAGGAAGAGUUUAUUAAACGUGCCAAGAAAAGCAUUACGGAAUUUGUUCAACAGGCCUAUCAGACACAACAAUUGGCCUGUAAUAGCUCAACAGAGGCAGACACUUGGAUUUUUCCUUUAAUAGAAAUGGGUCAGAUUGGCAUACACCAUGAUAGCGUGGUGACAAAGAGACUGCUGUCGAAUUGUGUACAAGAUUCAAGACUUAAAUUGGCUACUGGUUAUUUUAAUUUGACACAAGAAUACAUGGAUACAUUAACGCACAAAUGUUUAGCACAAUGCAGCAUACUAAUGGCACAUCCUAAUGCUAAUGGCUUUCAAGGCGCCAAAGGACCAGCUGGUGGCAUUCCAGCCGCUUAUACAUUAAUUGCCAAAAGCUUUUACGAAAGUUUAGUGCGUAGAAAACAGGAUCAUCGCAUAAAUUUCUUUGAAUAUGAAAAACAAGGCUGGACUUAUCAUGCCAAAGGACUUUGGUAUUAUCUACCUCAAUCGAAUUUGCCCAAUCUCACCUUAAUCGGUUCCUCGAAUUUCGGUGAACGUUCAGUAAAUCGUGAUUUGGAAACACAAGUUUGUUUAGUAACAAAUAAUAAGCGCUUAAGUCUUAGUUUGCAGCAUGAAAAUGAACGUUUGUUCAGUCUGUCAUCGACAGCUGAAAAACAAAUAACCACUAGACCGGUACCGCGUUGGGUGCAGGCAGUUGUUAGUUUAUUUAGAAAUUUUUUCUAAAUAAUUUUAAAGACAUUUUAUUUGAUUUACCAUAUGAUGAACAACAAUAUUUGUUAAUGUAGUUUAGAAUUCAAUUGAAAAUAUUUACUUAAAUUAAAUUAAAAGAUAAAAAUGAAAUGCCUUCGCAAAAUACUUCCUAAUUGUAAAAUGUAAAAGAUAUUUUGUCAUUUAAUAACAACUCCUUUUCAUUAUAGAUUGUA